AAUCUUGACAUUAAAUUUGACAAAUGUGCAGUUCAAAGUAAAGGCAGCACAGUGAUUUUGCAUUUUUUAUUAAAAAAAAACGAAAAUGGGUUCAGUUAAAGUUAUAACGGACGAAGCACAUUUUCAAGCCGAACUUACGAGUGCCGCUACUAGACUUGUAAUUGUAGAUUUCACUGCGACUUGGUGCGGGCCUUGUCAAAGGAUAGCUCCGGUAUUUCAACAAUUAGCAACGAAAUACCCCAAAGCGGUUUUUUUAAAAGUAGACGUUGAUCAAUGUCAAGAAACUGCAGCGGCUCAGGGCGUUUCGGCUAUGCCCACAUUUAUUUUCUACCGUAAUAGAACUAAAAUCGAUCGUAUACAAGGUGCAGAUCCUACAGGUUUAGAGAAUAAGAUCCAACAGUAUUAUGGAACUGAUGAUACUGAAGAAGGAGAAAGUGUCGCUGGACAUAUGGAUUUAUCUCCGUUUAUAUCAAAAGUAGAAUGUGAAUGUUUGAACGAAAGCGACGAUCAUCCUUUUACUCAUUGUCUAACAUCCGGAGGAGGAUAUUUACAGUCAGAUUGUGAUGAACAAUUAAUAAUCUCAAUUACAUUUAAUCAAUCUGUGAAGAUACACAGUUUGAAAAUCAAAGCUCCAUCUGAUAAAGGUCCUAAAAACAUUCGAAUCUUCAUCAAUCAACCGAGAACUUUAGAUUUUGAUCUAGCAGAUAGUUACACUAGUGUGCAGGAUAUAACAUUGACGCCGGAAGACGUCGAAGGCAAUAAUCCAGUGAAUUUGAGAUAUGUAAAAUUCCAGAACGUCCAAAACAUUCAAUUUUUCGUCAAGGAUAAUUUGGGAAAUGAAGAAGUGACUCAGAUCGAUCAUUUGGCUAUAAUUGGAUCGCCGAUCAGUACUACUAAUAUGGGCGAUUUUAAACGCGUCGCCGGUAAAAAAGGAGAAAGUCAUUAAACUUUGAUUAAAUCUCGUUUUUUACCUUUUUUAGAAUUUAUUAAUUAAUAAUAAAAUAUAUGCAAAGUGGAAAGUGAUUUUAUUUAAAAUU